AUGAAUAACAUCAAGGAUGCGAUAAGCAGAGUGAGCCGGUCCAUGCGCAUGGUGGAAUACAUGCGGGAGGAUAAAGUGGGCUCGAAGUGGACCAAAAAUGGGUCUACUGGAGCUGUAGAAAGCAAAGAAAAUCGAAUAAUACGACCGCCUCAAACCAAUUUGUCGAAGAAAGAGCUCCAAAAGAGGAAAAAGCACCUUAAUGGGUACCAGCGUAAGGUGUUUCAGGAUUUUUUGAAACCGGUAAACAUUCCCAACCUCAAGAUAUUCGAGCCUGAACCUCGUCCUUUUGAUGCUGAUUUGGCAAAAUCAAAUUGGAAGGCUAAAACAAGCCAAAAUAAUGUUAUGAGAUAUAACUCGUUCUUGGAAAACCGGAUGGCUUUUACAAAGAUGUUGGAUUUGCUUGUGGAGCUCACACCGGCUCAUCUAUUGGAAUCAGCCAACGACCAGGAUUUGAGUCGAAACACUAAAAGUGAAAACCACCCAAAAUCGCCUCGGUACUGGUUUACAGAAUUACCACCAAUGCCAGAACCGUUGACACUGGAAAGUUUUAAGGACUACAUUUACUUUUUGACACAUACUAAAGUGCUCUACAAGAAUUCACUGUCGUUGAUGAGUGGCCUAAUUCCAGAUAUACUAUUGUACACACACAAACCGACCAACACAAAGUACAAGCUGGUGCGUUCGACAGAUACAUACAACUACUUGAUCAAGUACUUUGGGUUUGACAAAAAUCAGAGCUCGUUUGCGCGAGAAUUACUUUUGGUGAUGAAACAUGAUGGCCAUCAAAUCAACAUCGACACCAUUAACAACUUGCUAAAGCUCUGCCUGAUCCACGCCAACAUCAGAACCACAACUAAUACCCACCACAUUGUCAUUAAGUACCUCAGGUUGAGCAAAGAACUAGGAAUUGAAAUCAACUUGAAAACAUGGACUCGAGUCUACGAUCUGAUCAAAAACAUAUUUUUCAAGGAGAUGUUUAUUAGCAAGCUAGGCACCAUUAAUCUCCCCAUACUACCGUCGCUUGGGCUUCGAAUUUUAGAGGAUUUCGGCGAAACCACCAAGAAUACCGAAGAUGUGAUCACCUUCAUCGAAAGCGAUUUGCGCCUAAAAGACUGGCAAUCUCAUGCCAGAUUCAGCAACAAGGUUCUAUUCCACAGAGCAAAGCAUGUUGCUGAAGACCAACUUGAUGACUUUUUCAACAAAUUUUGCACGAAUCACACCCAAGGCUGGGACGACCAUUCUCCUCGUUAUGUCUUGCAAGGUUUGCAACAGAACGCUAAUAUCGAAGAAAAGUUUUUGGUCAUGCUUGGAGUGUACUGUCGGCUUGUCACGAGUGCGUCUGAAGAAGCACCAGAAGUAUUUCAAAAAAUUCUUCUGGUUCUCUUGUCCAACAAAGAACAAUAUGACUACGAACAAUUGAGCCACAUUUUACGCGGAGUGAUCCACGAUGCCACUACCAAGCUAGUACUACCCAGUGAAGUGGGGGAUGGAAGCGGCAAGCCAGAAUCGUACAAAAUUUUGCGCCGGAUGGUUGGGCUGCAAAUGAACCAGUUUGAAGGUAUUUUACAAGAAAGUGCCAGCAACCCUAUUCCAAUCCACGAGCCAUUGAGUGGACCAGAAAUAGACAUGUGGCAUGAAUUAAGGAAGAAAAUAUGUCAAAUUAGGAUUUCUAGAGGCGAAAUCGAAAAAUUACUACAAUUGGUCAAGAAGCCGCAACUUGCAGAUGGGAAAAAAUAUCAGCAUGUUCAACGGGGCAAGAUCAACGAUGCCCGGGCCAGACAGCGAGUGUCACGGCUCGAGAUGGGAUUGGAAGAGUAUGUGGAGCAAGAAAUGAAAGUUCGGAACUUGUGA